AUGGCGGACACAGUCGCUGAGCCCGAAGAGGCACCUAUCUCCAACAGCCCCGACAACGAUGCGCCGGCCGCAGACACCACUGUCGUCAAGAAGACCAAAAAAAUCAUUCGCCGGAAGAAGAGGCCCGCCAGGACACAGGUCGACCCUUCUUUCGUGAAGUCCGAGCCGCCUCCGCAGACGGGCACGAUUUUUAACAUCUGGUAUGCCAAAUGGUCUGGCGGCGACCGCGGCGAUCAACAAGAUCUCAACACGCCGGCUCCGGGCCGCUGCAACAUCGCUCGCGACAGUGGCUAUACGCGCGCCGAUAAAGUGCCCGGGUCGUUCUUUUGCCUGUUCUUCGCCUACGGAACUUGUUUCAAGGGCCCCGAGUGCGAAUACCUCCAUCGCUUACCGACGAUACACGACCUCUUCAACCCGAACGUGGACUGCUUCGGGCGAGAUAAGCACUCGGAUUAUCGCGAUGAUAUGGGAGGUGUGGGAUCCUUCACCCGCCAGAAUCGCACGUUGUAUGUUGGUCGAAUCCACGUCACCGAUGACAUCGAAGAGGUGGUCGCGAGACACUUUGCGGAGUGGGGUCAGAUUGAGCGCACGCGGGUCUUGACGGGACGAGGUGUCGCUUUCGUGACGUAUUCGAAUGAGGCGAAUGCGCAAUUCGCCAAGGAAGCUAUGUCUCACCAGAGCUUGGACAAUAAUGAAGUACUGAAUGUCCGCUGGGCGACAGUGGACCCGAACCCGAUGGCGCAUAAGCGAGAGGCACGACGAUUGGAAGAGCAGGCUGCGGAGGCGGUGCGUCGGGCACUUCCCGCGGCUUUCGUGGCCGAGAUUGAGGGCCGUGAUCCCGAGGCGAAGAAGCGGAAGAAGAUUGAGGGUAGCUUUGGGUUGGAUGGCUAUGAUGUACCGGAUGAUGUGUGGCAUGCGCGCACACGGCAGCUGGAAAGCUCGAAGCCCGCUGCUGGUGAGCUCGAAGCACCCGAGCAGCCGCUGAUGAUUGAGUCUGCGACGACUGCAGUUGCGCCUGCGGCACCAGAGCCCGAGAGCGGGAUCUUCUCGAGCGCAACGGUGGCAGCUUUGCGGGGACUUGCCGGUGGAAAUGUCAGGACUCAAGCAGCGCCCAAAGCCUCCGGGCCGUUGGUUGCCUACGGAAGUGACGACGACAGCGACUGA